AUGAACGGCCACGCAAACGGCCAUGUCAAUGGCUUCGAAAAUGGCACCUCCAACACAAAUACAAUCGAUGUCGCCGUCAUUGGCGCAGGAAUCUCUGGCCUUAACGCCGCCUACCGCGUCCAGACGAAACUACCAGAUGCCACAUACCAAAUCUUUGAAGGCCGCGGUGAUGUGGGAGGCACAUGGGAUCUUUUCAAGUAUCCCGGUAUUCGUUCCGAUUCUGAUUUUUACACAUUCGGGUUUCAGUGGAAUACCUGGCACAAGGAUAAUCCCAUUGUACCGGGAAGUGAUAUAAAAAGGUAUCUUCAGGAAUCAAUUAAAAAGACGGGGAUCGAUCGUCAUAUCCUUUUCCAUCAUCGGCUGGAGGUGAUGGAAUGGUCGUCUGAGGACCAAUACUGGACUUUGACGAUUGAUGCUCAGGGCCAAACCAGAUAUGUCAGGGCAAGACAUAUCAUCGUUGGAACCGGAUAUUACAAUUACAAUGAACCCUUGAGCGCUGAAAUACCGGGUCUUGAGAAUUUCAAGGGACAAGUGAUCCAUCCGCAAUUCUGGCCCGAGGAUCUCGAUUAUGCCAAUAAAAAGGUAGCCAUCAUUGGCAGUGGUGCGACAGCAGUCACUCUUGUGCCCAAUCUGGCACCAACAGCAGCACACGUUACCAUGAUCCAGCGCAGUCCUACAUAUGUCUAUCCGCUACCAAAUUCGACUCUCGGGUGGUUUUCUUGCUUCCUUCCUAAUUCUCUUCGCCAUAAGCUCAGCCGCAUGUACUUCAUUUUCCUGCAGCGUUUCAGCUAUGAACUAUGUCGUGCAUAUCCACGACAAGCCCGAUCUAUUAUACUACGACGCAUGCAAUCACUCCUUGGCGGAGUCUUACCUAUUGAUCCUCACUUCAGCCCACGAUACAACCCAUGGGACCAACGACUCUGUCUAGCCCCGGACGGUGAUUUCUUCGCUGCGCUUCGUUCCGGCAAAGCAGACGUUAAAACUGGGACUAUAAAGACUAUGACCGAAAACACCAUCGUCCUGAGCGACGGCGAAGUGUUUGAAGCAGAUAUCCUCGUUACCGCUACAGGGUUACGGAUCGCUUCCGCAGGCGAGGCAUCUAUCAAAGUGGAUGGAGAAAAGAUUGACAUCUCCCAGAAAUAUCUCUGGAAUGGAUGCAUGUUACAAGAUGUGCCGAAUCUGUGCUAUGUGCUCGGGUAUAUCAAUGCAUCCUGGACACUGGGUGCCGAUGCUACUGCAUUGCUGUUUGUGCGUAUAUUAAAACACAUGAAGCGCCGAAAUGCGGUUGUUGCUGUUCCGCGAGUUGAGGAUCCAUCAGCUUUGACGCCCAAGCCACUUGUUAAUAUGAAUUCGACGUACUUUCAGAAAUCGCAGAUGGUGAUGCCGAGGACGGCAGAGGAGCAGCCAUGGCGGCCAAAGGAGAGUUACUACGUGGAUAUUUGGCGGGCGAUGUUUGGGCGGGUUGAUAAGGGGAUUGAAUAUAUUGGCGCAAAAGAAAGAUCAAGCAUGACACUAUCCGAAAGACUCGAUUUACCCCUUGCUCUCCUCUCGGUCCCCAUUGUAGCAAUCCUUGCUAUUCUAACGGGACCAUUUCGAGCUCGAAAACAAAGACUAAACCCCAAACAGACGAUUGCGAGGUCGAUGUUGUUGCAUGUUGGGUAUGCAGUUUUCAGGAGGGUUGUGUCGCGGUUUUCGCCUUUGCAGAUUCAAGAGAUUGUACCUUCUACUACGACGGAAUAUAAAAUAUAUACUUGGAAGAAAUGGAUCAAGCAGCAAAUCGUCGACCUUGGUGAGGGUGCCAAGGGACUUUGGGUGGGAGAUCCAAAUGCGAAGAAUGUUCUGAUCUGGAUACAUGGUGGCGGAUUCGCUGUCCCCGCAAACAGAGGCUACUUCACCUUCUUCGAUAAAUUCCUAGAAGAAAUGAAAGCAGCCAACAAAGACAUGUCCGUCUUCAUGGUUGCAUACACCCUGGUCCCAAAAGCAGUCUAUCCAACCCAACUACGCCAAAGCAUAACUGCACUGCGCUACAUUCUCGAAAAGACAGAUCGUAAAGCUGAAAGUGUCUUCUUUGGCGGUGACUCAGCCGGUGGGAAUCUUGUCCUUGCUGUAUUGAGUCAUAUUGCACACCCCCAUCCAGACAUUGAGCCACUUGAAUUAUCUGCUGGAAAGGAAUUUGGUGGGGCGACGCUUUUAUCUCCUUGGUCGUCGUUGGAGACGACUUUCCCAGUACAGGAUACAGAACCAUUGGGUGAUUUGAUUCAUCCGGAUUGCGCGAAGCCCUGGGCUGGAAGUUAUCUUGCUGGUCGUGAGAGGGAUAACUAUACGGAUGCACGAUUGGCGCCUAUUGAGUGGUGGCAUAAUCUACCCAUUAAGCGUGUAUUGGUGACUGCUGGUGGGUAUGAAUUGUUAUUGCCAUUUAUUGAGGAUUUUGCGAGUCGAUUUAAACAGGGUCUUGAUGGAGGUGAUGGUGCUGGGGGUAAGGUCGAGUUUUUUGUAGGUCCCAAGGAAGCACAUGUUGCACCUAUGUUCAAUCUGAUGCUAGGUGAUUCGGUGGAGACAGAACAGGGGAAGAGGGUCAAGGCUUUUUAUAAGGAGGUGGUAGAGUGA